AUGUCUGGUUCUAUACAAAGAGGUGGAAGGAGUAACAGAGGGAGAAAGGAUACGAGAAAAUAUUUACAGGGAAAGCAGGGAAAGACUGAUGAGAUUCGUAGAGCGUUAACACACAGAGCUCGACUUAGAAAGAAUUAUUUUAAGCUUUUGGAAAGGGAGGGACUUGAUGUCCCACAGAGAGGAACAACAGGGAACGAAUCAUAUGAUAACGGAAAGAAAGAUGUCAGUUCCGGUGAAGAAAGUGUUAAUGAAUAUGAAAAAACCGAGGAUGGUAGUGGGAAGCCACGAAAACCACUAUCGGAGAUCGAUAUCAUUAAAGACAAAGUGAAGAAACACGAAUCGUUGACAUUCCAAGAAAGGAUUCUGUUGAAGAAGGACAGGCGAGAGAAAGAUCGAGAAAGAAAGAUGAAUAAAACUAAAGAGAAGGUUGAGUCCAUGAAGCUGAGCGAUCUCAAGCGUCAACGCCAAACUGAACGUAUUCAAAAUACCAAAACCAGGAAGGGACAACCAUUGAUGGGCCCUAGAAUUAAUAAUUUGCUAGAUAAGAUCAGACAAGACAAGAACAAAUAA